AUGACCAACGCCCAAUCCCCUGUCAUAAUCAUUACUGGGACUCCCGGGACAGGCAAAUCAACGCACGCACAACUUCUAGCAAAUGAAUCGCCAGUACCUCUUCGUCACAUUAAUGUUGGAGAUCUUGUCAAAGAAAAUGGGCUUUAUGAAGACUACGAUGAAGAGUGGCAGAGUUACACUGUAGAUGAAGACAAAUUGUUGGAUGAACUCGAACCUAUAGUCACAGAAGGCGGUGUCAUUCUCGACUGGCACACCUGUGAAAUAUUCCCUGAGCGAUGGCCUGAUCUUGUAGUCGUUCUGCGAUGUGAGAAUUCCCAGCUUUGGGAUCGACUAGAAAAGAGAUCCUACCCGCUCAAAAAAAUUCAAGAAAAUAAUGAAGCAGAAAUCAUGCAGGUCGUAUUAGAAGAAGCGCGCGCAUCAUAUCCUGCCGAAAUCGUUGUCGAACUCAAAAGCGAGACCACAGAAGAUCUAGAGGCUAAUGUGACGCGCAUAGUGGAAUGGGUCAAAUCGUGGAUACGAGAGAGAGGAGUUGACAGCUGA